GAUCAGAGCAGGUCAGGCAGGUCUUCAGUCUCUGCGGGUCGGCGCGUCUCUCCAGUCUGUCGGCCGUGCAUUUGGACCGAGGCGAUGCCGAACAGCAGCGGUCCGGGUAGAUAAGCAGACGGAGCAGCCGGUAAUAGGAAGCGAGAGUCUGCCAGUCUCGAGGCGAUCUGAACGGGGGAUGGUGUGUCGGUCUAUCUGAGGGAGGGAAGCUGGAAGCUCGCUGUGGCUAAACUGGCUCGGGGAGAAAUCUGAGGUUCCUGGAUGAAGAGCGACGUGCUCGGGGGACGUUAUUUGGACGCAUUAUUUGGAAAUACUAUCUGGAGCUGUUAUUCGGACAAAUAACCAACCGGUCACAUUAUCUGGAGAUACUCGGAUCAGUCCCGUCGCUGCGGGUCAUUGAUGCGCCGGAGGUCGGCUCGGCGGAGCCCGGACUGCAGAGCCCCGGCUGAGGGGUCGGAGACGGAAGGAGCAGAGAAGGCAGCUGUCUGUCCAUCUGCAGGUGUGCGUGUGAGGAGCCCGGGCUGCCACCCCUACCAAUCCCCCCCACCCUGAAUAUGAAUCCACUGAACCCAAUGAAGGCUGGCUUGACCAACAACCCACACAGUGAAGGAUCGUAUUCUUAUGACCCGUCCAGCUGGCAGCAGCCAACCAAUCAGCCCACAGGAUCACUCUCUGUGGUGACCACCGUCUGGGGGGUGACCAAUCCGUCGGCGAGCCAGGGUCUGGGGGGAGGAGUGAUGGGACCAGGGGCCAAUCCAGGUGGGGGUCCCAUGCUGCAGGGCCCAGGGGGGGCAGGGAUGGGCCCUGGGCCUGGAGGAUACAUGGGACAGCAGGGCUACCCUGAACCCAACAAAGGCUAUUUGGGACAGGGCAUGUACGGCCGGCCCUCAGGGGGGUAUCCUGGAGGGCCACCAGGGUAUGGUGGGAGUUAUCCUUCCAGUGGGGGAGGUUCUAGAGGUUCUGCUGACUUCACCCAGGCUGCUGCUGCUGCUGCUGUUGCCGCUGCCGCUGCCACAGCAACCGCUACUGCCACAGCAACUGUUGCAGCCAUCCAGGAGAAGCACAAUCAGGAAAUGAACUAUGGACAGAUGGGGGGUCCAUCAUACAACAACCAGUUCAUGGCCCAUGCCGGCCCUCGGGGCCCCCCAGGCAUGGGUCCAGCUGGUAUGGGCCCAGGCCCUGGGCCUGCAAGGGGUCCACCCUCCAUGGGCCCAAUGUACGGUCCUGGAGGAGGCCCUCAGAGAAUGUCCCAGCACCCAAACUAUGGCCCAGGACCCCAGCAAGGCCCUCUUCGUCCCCCGCAAGGCCUGAAACGGCCCUACAACCCUGAGUCUUUUCCAGGUAUGUCUCAGCAGUAUGGGGUUCCAUUGGGCUCCAGUGUAAAUGUGCUAUCAGGUCCUGGAGGUCCUGGUGGUCCAAUCCCUGGUUCAUCGGGUCCUAACCACCCAGGGCCUGGCCCGUAUCCAGCUCAGAACAUGCAGUACCACACAGGUCCUGGUGGUCCAGGCCCCACCCCCCAGCGCUCUGGCUCUUCCCCUUCCUAUCAGAGCCACAAAAUGGCCCUCCCGCAAUACCCUCACACUGGACCCCCCAACUCACAGUACUACAAGCAGGACCAGUUUAAUGGUCAAGGUGGCGCCUUAAACACUCUGCCAACUGGGGGCACUGGUGGGGCCUACAACUCCUUCAGCCAGUCUACUGGGCCUGGUCGAGGGUUGCCAGGUUACCCCAGCUCCCCCCUCCCUGGUAAUCCCACUCCGCCCAUCACCCCUGGAAGCUCCAUGGCACCACCUUACAUGUCACCAAGCAACAGUGACGUCAAGCCGACGCCUUCUUCCUUCCUGACAGACAUCAAGCCCAAUAUCAGUGGCCUACCUGCCCUUCCUGCAACGGGUGAAAACAAGCAGCUGGCGACUCCACAUGUAUGGGAGGAGGCAUAUGGUGGUCUGCAGCCCUCCCCGGAUCGGCAGAGGGGGCGGAGCAGCGACCGGGACGGCUUGGAAGAGUGGAGUAUUUGGCCGGGUACAACUGGGGAGAAAAAGGGGGGAAGUUGGCCCAGAAGGCUGCAAGGUAACCCUAGCGAUGACCUGCGGCUGACCUUCCCGGUGCGUGAUGGAGUGGUCUUAGAGCCCUUCAGAUUAGAGCACAACCUGGCUGUUAGCAACCAUGUCUUCCAGCUCCGAGACUCCGUCUACAAAACCCUGAUGAUCAGACCAGACCUGGAGUUGCAGUUUAAAUGUUACCAUCAUGAGGAUCGUCAUAUGAACACUAACUGGCCGGCAUCUGUCCAGGUCAGUGUGAACGCCACUCCCCUCACCAUAGAGCGUGGUGAUAACAAGACUUCCCAUAAGCCCUUGUACCUGAAGCAGGUCUGCCAGCCUGGGAGGAACACCAUUCAGAUCACUGUUACAGCCUGCUGCUGUUCUCACCUCUUCGUUCUUCAGCUGGUUCAUCGUCCUUCUGUGCGUUCGGUGCUGCAAGGUCUGAUGAAGAAGAGACUGCUGCCUGCUGAGCACUGCGUCACCAAGAUAAAGAGGAACUUCAGCUGUGGUACCAUUCCCGGGACCCCCGGGCUAAAUGGAGAAGAUGGUGUUGAGCAGACGGCCAUCCGGGUCUCACUCAAAUGUCCUAUCACCUUCCGUCGUAUCCAGCUUCCUGCCCGGGGUCACGACUGCAGGCACAUACAGUGUUUUGACUUGGAGUCGUACCUUCAGCUCAACUGUGAAAGAGGGACAUGGAGAUGCCCUGUGUGCAAUAAAACAGCGCUACUGGAGGGACUGGAGGUAGACCAGUACAUGCUGGGCAUCCUCAUCUACGUUCAGAAUUCGGAGUAUGAGGAGAUUACUAUUGACCCAGUGUGCAGUUGGAAGCCAGUUCCAGUUAAACCAGACCUCCACAUUAAGGAGGAGCCAGAUGGCCCUGUGCUCAAACGCUGCCGCACGUUGAGCCCCAGUCACAUGGUCCUGCCAAGUGUCAUGGAGAUGAUUGCAUCACUCGGCCCCGCCCCCUCAACCUCCUCUGCCAGCAACUCCUCCUCCUCCCCAAUGCCGUACCCGUCCCUUCCAUUAGGGGGCAGUAACAACAGCAGCAGUACGCCGGACUAUCCUGGACAAGCUCCAUCCUAUCCCAGUCAGCCUGCUGGUUUUCCAGACUUUCCCAGUGCCGGUCCGGGGACCCCUGGGGUUGGGGGGGACUUCUCCUCCCCCGGACCUCCCCCCCUCUCCUACCAGUCUGAGCUCCCCAGUGGCCUCCUCACCCCUGACAAACCCCCCUCUCACCCGCUGGCUGGACAGAUGUCUCUCCCAGGUCGCCUGGACUCUACUUCCCAUGGUGCUCCUCUCUCCCAGCAGCAGCCACAGGUCCUUCAUGGGAACUCCCAGAUGGGGGCCGGUAACCCGGGCAACCAGAUAAUGCAACGUAGCAACCAGAACCCCCGUCUCCAUGGCGACAGCUCCUUUGGUCUAGGAGGGCCGGGGGGGUCGGAGGUUCCCGAGCCGUCCUUGGAUCUGCUUCCAGAAUUGACCAACCCAGAUGAGCUUCUGUCCUACCUCGGGCCCCCGGACCACCCUAAUAACAACAAUGACGACCUGCUGUCCCUGUUUGAGAAUAACUGAACCAACACACACACACACACACACACACACACAUACACAUACAAACAGCUUGCACACGCUCAUCUGGAAAUGUGGACACACACUUCCAUGACACACACACACACACACACACACACACGUGUGGAUAUGCUAACAUAGCUAUUGAAGAAAACAGUAUCCCACAGAGGGCUGGGGAGAAGAGACUUACUGUAAAAUAAAACGUCUGUCUCCAACAUGGACGGAGUGAACAGACCGCAGUUCUGAGGAAAAAAGACAACUUUUAAAUAUGAAAACCUUUGAUGUCUGACUAUGAAAUUGAUGGUAACUUCAUUUUAUUGUUUUUUUUUUUUUUUUA